GGAAAAUUGGUAAGGUAGAAUAGUCAACAGCUCAAAGACUUGGAAAAGCUUUAUAUCUCAUGAUUAUUCUCCAACUUCUCCAUUCUCUGUUUGGGGCGCCAUGGCGUCCACCAUGGUUAUCAAGGUUCGAUAUUUUGGAACUUCAAAGGUUAAAGUUGCGGGCAGAGAGAGGUAUUUGAAAGCUCGGAUUGAUGAGAAUGGCCAACUGGGUUUUGACAUGGGUGGUUUGAGGGAAAAAAUCUGCCGGAUUUGUGAUCUCCCACCUGGUUCAGACAUUACUCUAGUGUACAUCGAUGAAGAUGGUGAUGUAGUAACUCUGGUUGAUGACGAUGAUCUGCAAGACGCAAUGAGGCAGCAUCUGAAAUCCUUCAGGAUUGAUGUACUGAUGAACGAUAACAAACUUUAUCGCAAAUCAAGCUCCGAUAACAAAGUUCGUCACAAAUCAAGCUCCAAAAGGAGUACUCGAGUGAUGAUGGAUCCUGUUGGAUCAAGUCUUGGCACUAGUGAUGACAAUAUGGAGACCAAGAAGGCUAGUACCAGUAGUUAUGCAACUAGUGAUUAUGGUUAUAAACUUGGACAUUCUUUCCAUGAAUGCUCCUUCAUUGGAGAUGACCCAGUUAAUCCUCAUGUUGCUUGUUUUAAAGGGAAUUACUUGGAAGCCAUAGGUGGUAUGCUGCUUCAAACCGGUGUCAGAUGUAAUGGCUGUGGUUGCAAUCCACUAACUGGAUCUAGGUUCAAGUCUAUUCUGUGAGGAACUUAAAUCAUAGUAACGAAAGUAUUGUUGAAAUCUCAUUA